UGUAAAAGAUUCGAAUCUGGGUUAAGAACAUUCCUAUUUCCCGGCCCCCCCUUAAACCCAUCGAAUCCGACGGUUACAAACGCCUCUCACGUCUCAACAUAGCCGUCAAAAACUCACACCCUGGCAUCAUCAUUGGAUCUUCUCUCUUCCAUAUAUUGCCAACUCGGACCGUCUAUUUCUCAGUCUUAUGAUCCUUGUCCUCAUAUAUCCCUAAAUUUCUCUCCCCCAACCCAACCCAACCUCAAAUCUCAUUUCUUUUCAUGGGUUUUGUCCAGUUUCGUGAAUAAAUUGAAGGGUUCGAGCUGAUUUCCCGGGCCUGUUGACCCAAGAACAGAUAUUUGAUUUUCUGGGGUUUCAAUUCCAUUCUCUUUUGGUCGGAGUUCACGUUGUUUCAGGACACACUACUCCUCUUCCGGUUGGUGUGUCCUGUGUGCACACAAUUUCAAUUUCCCCCCCAUCAUGUCGACUUCGACUUCGCCUAGGAAAUCGAUUGAAACGGUCUUCCAACGAGUUGGGGUGUAUGGAUUUGGUGGGAGCCGACAGAAAAGGUGCAAACUUGAAAUCGAAGGAGACGAUGAAGACGAAGAUGGAACCAUGGAAUUAGUUCAGAUUGGUGCUGAAAGGACGAAGAAUGUUCUCAUCUUGAUGAGCGAUACAGGCGGCGGUCAUCGAGCCUCUGCUGAAGCCAUUCGAGAUGCAUUUGCUAUUGAAUUUGGUGAUCAAUAUAGGGUAUUUGUCAAGGAUGUGUGGAAAGAGUAUGCAGGAUGGCCAUUAAAUGACAUGGAAGGAUCAUACAAGUUCAUGGUUAAACAUGUUCAGCUUUGGAAUCUUGCAUUUCAUAGUACUUCUCCUCGUUGGGUUCAUUCAUGUUAUCUUGCUGCUCUCGCUGCCUUUUACGCCAAGGAGGUUGAAGCUGGAUUGAUGGAGUAUAAACCAGAUAUUAUCAUUAGUGUACAUCCUCUAAUGCAACAUGUUCCAUUAUGGGUUCUUAAAUGGCAAGGGCUUCAAAAGAAAGUCAUUUUUGUAACCGUCAUUACAGAUCUUAACACCUGCCAUAGAACAUGGUUUCACUAUGGAGUGAAUCGGUUGUAUUGCUCGUCACAAGAAGUGGCCAAACGGGCUUUGCAAGAUGGGUUAGUUGAAUCUCAAAUACGCGUAUUUGGAUUGCCAAUCCGACCCUCUUUUGUCCGGGCUGUUCUCAACAAGGAUGACUUGAGACAAGAACUCGAGAUGGACCCAGAAUUGCCUGCGGUUUUACUAAUGGGAGGAGGUGAAGGAAUGGGUCCGGUUAAGAAAACUGCAAAGGCUCUAGGAGAAGCUCUUUAUAAUAAGGAGCUUAAGAAACCAAUUGGGCAAUUGAUUAUCAUUUGUGGCCGCAAUAAAGACUUAGUUGCUACACUAGAAUCACUCGAGUGGAAGAUCCCCGUGAAGGUUAGAGGUUUCGAGAAACAAAUGGAGAAAUGGAUGGGUUCUUGUGACUGCAUUAUCACAAAGGCAGGACCAGGUACAAUUGCUGAGGCGUUGAUGCGAGGGCUACCUAUAAUUCUCAACGAUUACAUUCCCGGACAGGAAAAGGGGAAUGUUCCGUUUGUGGUUGAAAAUGGGGCGGGAGUGUUCACAAGAAGUUCAAAGGAAACGGCAAAGAUAGUGUCGGAAUGGUUCAGUACGAAAAAGGAUGAUUUGAAGAAAAUGUCGGAGAAGGCUCUGAAACUGGCAAACCCUGAAGCUGUUUUCGACAUAGUGAAGGAUAUAGACGAGCUGGUGAAAGAAAGAGGACCGUUAUCGAAAUUUCCAUACAUGUUGACAUCUUCAUUUUCAAGUUUAAUUUAAAACAUCAAGUAUUAACCACCAGCCACCAUUAUAUGCAAUCAUCUUCAUUCCUCUGUUACUAUUUGUGUAAAAACUUUGAAUUGUAUGUCUUAUUGAUUAAAGAGGUUGCCUUGUUGUUUC